AUCCAAUCCAUGAAAGCAUAAAGGGAGGUCACUCUAAAAAUAAUGUCGUUCAAAAUUGCUUUGAUACAACUUGCGGUAUCUGCAACAAAAGCUGAUAACUUAAAACGGGCAUCACAAUUAGUCUCACAUGCAGCAAAGGAAGGAGCUAAACUUGUAUCUCUUCCAGAGUGCUUUAACUCGCCGUAUGGAACUUCUUAUUUUCCGGAAUAUGCCGAAAAAAUUCCAGGAACCUCUUCUCAUUCUUUGGCAAGCAUGGCAAAGGAUAAUGAAAUCUAUCUAAUCGGUGGAUCCAUUCCGGAGGAAGAAAAUGGAAAACUGUUCAAUACUUGCUGUGUAUUUGAUCCCAAAGGCGAAAUAAUUGCCAAACACAGGAAGAUCCAUUUAUUUGACAUCGAUGUUCCUGGAAAAAUCAGAUUCCAAGAAUCCGAGACUUUGAGCCCUGGAAACAGUUUUACGAUGUUCGAUACACCUUACUGCAAAGUAGGGGUUGGGAUUUGCUAUGAUAUAAGAUUUCCAGAGCUGGCACAGGUCUAUGCAAAAGAGAAUUGCAAACUAUUGGUGUAUCCUGGUGCUUUCAAUAUGACAACUGGUCCCGCUCACUGGGAGUUAUUGCAGAGAGGACGUGCACUAGAUAACCAACUAUAUGUUGCCACGGUUUCUCCAGCUCGUGACACAGGGGCUAGUUAUGUGGCCUGGGGCCACAGCAGUGUUAUUAACCCUUGGGGACAAGUUAUAGCAACAACAGAAGACGAAGAGACUGUUCUGUUUGCUGUUAUUGAUCCAGCAUACGUGAACGAGGUGAGGGAACAGAUUUCUAUUGGAAAGCAGAAACGUGAUGAUAUGUAUACACUGGACUGGAAAAAGAUAUAAAAAUUACAAUUAUCAGUGUUAUGCGCUACUAAACUUAGUAUUCAUUUGGUGUCUACGAUGGGAAAUCCAAAAUUAUUCUUUUCUUCUUUUCCCAUCGUCAUCAAUCAUUGCUAAGGGGACGACCAUUGGAUUCAGAAGGGGGGGGGGCAAUUUUUUUGAGUCAGAUUAUUCAUUGUCAUGCCAGUCAAGGACAGAUUAUUUAUUUUCAGACGACCAAGGACAGAUUAUUUUUUUCACCGAAAAAAGUUU